AUGGCGCCCGAUCUGAAUGCUCGCUGGCAGGACCAGAAUAUCGUGAAAAAGGAUGGUCGCUGGUCAGUCGACGGGAGGCCAGUUCCCAGUCUGGCGCCGACUUUUCAAGAGUCGCCUUCCAAUAUCCCAAAUCACUAUUGUCUGGGUCUCAUGGUGACGGCACCGCCCAAUUCUGCAACGCCGCCUCAUACCCACGGUGGAGCAACGGUGAUGGCAACUAUGGUCAAAGGGCAGAUGUUGAAUCAAAUGGUCUGCCCUAAUCAUGACCCGGACUCACAGGGCUCGGGUGCGAAGAUCUACGGCCCUGGCGACAGCUGGUACGAGCCACCAGGUUGUCAUCAUGUGCGCUCAGAGACUGUUGGAGACGAGGAGGCGCUGUUCCAUGCAUUAUUUAUCGUGGAGAAAGAAAAGGUCGACAAAGACGGCCUUUCCAGCCUGGUUGUGAUCGAUGCUGACGUGGAAGAAGCAAAACAGGCUAAAUAG